UACGAAUUAAAGAUUUUCUUGCGAUCGUUCCUGCUCGGAGUUUACUCCAUAGAAUUGUGAGAGAUUUUUUGGCGCGGUUUUCCACAGCAAGUCUAGGAGUACAGUACGGUACGUUCCGUAUCGUAGUCUAUCCGACUAUCCGACCAUGCAUGGCAUCCGCACGACCAGCUAGAUUGAAAACAUGCACGACAGGUACGGUGCUUGUACGAGUACUACCGUCACUACGGUACGUACGAGUACUACGAUAUUCGGACUCGUACUGGUACGUACCAUCACUAUUCUCUACAAGCAACCAAACAUGGAGCAUAGGAUCGGUGUCCUCCCAAACGGACUCGGAUUGGAUCCCGAACCACCACGAACGGCACGCCGCACAACCCAAUAGCACACACAGACAGACACCGCGGAAGACCCGUCCCAACCCCACUCCCUGCCGCCAUGGCGACGCGGUCCGCCUUUGGGUGGAGCUGCCGGAACUGCACCUUUUUCCACAGCGUCCCGGCCCCGAGGUGCAGCAUGUGCGGGGAGCUCCGGGGGGCCUCCCGCAGGGAGAUGCACGACUUUGUCCUGGGGAAGAGGGUGGCACCGGUGGCGGAGGGAAACGUGGUGGAACUCCCGGAGAACGACGAGGGGGAACGAGGCGCGGGUGGCACCAACCGCAACGGCAACGGCAACACCGACGGAGGCGGGGCGUCGUUCUCGAAAGAGAACCGGCACAACCACCGGGCACCCACCCCGCUCCCCCGGACCACCGGAAUCAGUGCUGCGGCUGCGGCUGCGGCUUCCAGGAAUCCGUAUUCGAAACACCCAAAGCCCGUCCGUGCGGCAGCAGCUGCAGCAGCAACAACCACAGCCACAGCCACAACAACGGCAGCGAGAACAAAGAAUGCCACCAACCACCCCUUUGUCACCACUCGGAAACCUCGCAACACAAAAAAUGCAUCCGUUCGAAACCCGUACUCGACGGGUCGAUCGAUGACGAAUAAGGGGCAUCAGCAGAAACAACAACAGCAGCAGCAACAGCAGCAGCAGAUGUCCGACGCGGCCAUGGAUUCCACAGAUUCCAACGCGCAGGCACCCCAGCGGCUGCCGAAUCCGCAGCCAGAAAAGCCCCCGCCUCCCCGGCCGGGACCGCAAAAGCAAACCCAUGUCCGGCCGCACUCCUUUUUCGACAAGAACCCGUCCUCCCAUGCCUCCAAGCGGAGAAAGGGCCAGCAGCAGCAGCAACCAAAGGUCCACCACUUUGGCUUUUCGGACGGCCCGGUCCCCCACAACCCCGACGCGGCCCUCACCUACAUCUACCCCAAGCACCCCGACUUUCCGACCCGGGACUACCAGCUCGAGAUCACCGAAACGGCCCUCCGGUACAACACACUCGUGUCGCUCCCGACGGGCCUCGGAAAGACGCACAUCGCCGCCGUGGUCAUGUACAACUUUUGGCGGUGGUUCGCACCGCCCGGGGCCUCCCUGCAAGGCCGCAACCACGGCGGUGCGUCGUGCCGCGGGGGCAAGGUCGUCUUUCUGGCGCCGACGCUCCCGCUCGUCAACCAGCAGAUCGAGGCCUGCUACAACAUCAUGGGCAUCCCGGGGCACGAGACGGCCGUCCUGACGGGCCGCCUCAAGGCACACGAGCGGAGGGAGCUCUGGAGGACCAAGCGCGUCUUUUACUGCACGCCGCAGACGGUCCAGAAGGACCUGGUGUCGGCCUGCGGGGGCGGCAGCGGAGAGAAGAACGAAAGAGGCAACGGCCAGAACCACGAUCCGAACGGAGGCACCGUUGGGGUCGACCACGAGACGGCCCUGGCCUUUUCGAGGGUCGUCUGCCUGGUCCUGGACGAGGCGCACAAGGCCACCGGCGACUAUGCGUACACAAAGGUGAUCGAGCUCCUCGAGAAACACGCCGGGGCCAAGUUCCGGAUCCUGGGCCUCUCGGCGACGCCGGGGACCUCCAUCAAGGCAAUCCAGGGCGUCAUCGAAGCCCUCCGGUCCUGCAAGAUCGAGGCCCGGACCGACGCCGAUCCGGGGGUCGCCCCCUACCUGCACGAAAAGAGGACGGAGAUCGUGGUGUGCCCCCGGAACACCCACCAGAGGGACAUCGGGAGGAGGCUCUCCCACAUCGUCGAGCCCCUCCUGAAGCGGCUCAAGGACGAAAAGCUCUUCUCCUACGGAACCCCCGAGACGCUGACGCCCUACGCGGUCUUCCGGGCCAAGCAGCAGUACGAAACGAACUUCCGAGGCCGGACCAACGGGGGCAUCCUGUCCUGCUUCCACGCGACGCACGCGCUGAUUCAGAUCAAGAACGACUGCCACCAGGGCCUGGGGGUCGUACGGACCAAGCUGCUGCGGCUCAAGAGCGGCCCACAGAGGGGCAUCCUGAGCACGAUCGUCAAGUCGGACGACUUUGGGGCCCUCUUCGAAAAGGUCAUGGAGGCGACCGGUGGCGGGCCGGACGGGAGCAACAGCAACAGCAACAGCAACAACAACGCUUUCGCCGUUGGAAGCGUGGUCGACCCCAAGCUCUCCAAGCUCUGUGAGCUGCUGAAGGUCCAUUUCGAGCGCAGCAACGCCGAGAACCACUCCUCCCGGGCAAUCGUCUUUGCGCAGUUCCGGGACUCGGUCCAGGAAAUCGUGGGGUGCCUGGAACAAACGCUCAAGCCGCUGGUCCGAUCGCGGUACUUUGUGGGGCAAAACAAGGGCGGCGGGGGAGGAACCGGCCAAUCGAAGCAGCAGCAGCAGCAGACGACGACGACGACGACGACCGGCAACGACAAGGUCUCGGGCAUGAAGCAGGCCGAGCAGCAAAAGGCCAUCCGCGACUUUCGGAACAACGUCUUCAACGUGCUGGUCUGCACCUCCAUCGGGGAGGAGGGCCUCGACAUCGGGGACGUCGAUCUGAUCAUCAACUACGACGUGAUCCGGUCCCCCAUCCGCACCAUCCAGCGGGCGGGCCGGACCGGCCGCAAGCGCGACGGCCGGGUGGUCUCGCUCAUCGCGGAGGGCCCCGAGGAGCAAACCCACAAGAAGCGGGUCGAGGGAGAGCGGACCCUGGCCAACGCACUCAAGAACCCCAAGAAGUUUGUCAUGGCCAGCCACUAUCCCAUGCUGCCCGGCCACGGCAGCCACCACCAGGCCGGCCCCGCUCUGGAAUACCAGGCCAUGCAGCCCAAGGCCCGGCUGAACAUGAAAGAGGUGGCCGGGGCCCAGCUCACCACCCCCGGUUCCAAGAAAGCGGCGGCGGAGACCAAGAGGAACGCAUGGAGGCUGACGCUCGAGCAGGAGGACGAGCGCAGGCACUUCAUGGGGGGCGGCAACGGCUCGGACGCAAUCGCGUGCCUCCCGGAUGCCGUGGCCUGGAAGAAACUCAAGCGAUUCUUUCUCAGGAACCGAGCCGAUCCCUCGAGGCUUCCACCCUCUCUUUUCUACCGCGGGAAAGGCAAGCGGCUGGUCCCACACGAAAAAGAGCAUCUCCUGCAGCGACGAAAGGAACUCCGGAACCGCCUGGUGCAAAAGCGGGCCCAUCUGUUCCGGGGGAGGAACGCCUCGAUCCUAGAACAAAUCCAGCAAAAGCACGGGCCGGUGUACCUUGUUGGUGCUGCCGCGGCAAAGAGGGGGCACGAGGCGAUCCUUGAGCUGUUUCCGGUGCACCAGGUCCGCGACGUGGAAUCCGACACGAUCAACAAGGCCGGAGGGACCGGCCCCGGUUCCGGGAUCCGCAAGAACAUGUGGCCGAAAACCAAAACGGACCAAGGCGGACCCGCGACAACAUCGCCCGGUGUUGCCAACAGAAAUGCCCGUGCAUCGGAAUUGCCAAACACUACGGUAGAUGAGACAAGACAGGGAAGCGAAGCUUCCGUCGUGGAUGGGAACGAUGCAACGGGCGCUCCAUUCUCGGGAGCAGAUUCGCUUGCGAAAGAGAGUUUAAAUGGACGUGGCGAUGCUCCGCCUGCAAUCUCCAGACAAAGACCACCUUUGAACGAGGGUGCGGAACCCGGCAAAGAAAGCCUAUACAGAAGCAGUAUUUCGAUGUCGGAAAAACAUCGUCGUUCGAGUGGCAAUGCCAGCGGAAGUACCACCCAUGACAUUGAAAACGCUGGGGCACUGACGGGUGGAAAGAAGUUAACCGAUUCAAAAAGAAACCAGGUCCCAAUGUCGCUGCAACCUCCAGUACCGCAAAAUUCUCGAUCGAAAGCUGAAGUCGACGAAUAUGUUGACCGUGAAAGCGAAAAUACCAGUACACUGCAAGGUGGGAAGAAAGUGGCUGAUUCCGAAUCCGAUCCCGUUCCAUUAUCACCACAACCGGAGAGGGCUUUGUUUCGGCUCCCUACCCCCCCGCCAACCUCAGAUUCCAGCAGGAGUGACUUUCCUCGCUUGUCCGAAAAUCUCGAAAAGGCUGUCUUUCGGUUGCCAACGCCUCCGCCCUCAUCGGAUUCCAGCAGUGGCGAAGACGAGGACGAAGGGCGAAGCCAGACCGUGUGCGAGACAAAUCAUCCAACGACCUCCUCUGGCGUUGCUGUGAAUAACGAGUUUGAAUUCGAAGAAAACAAGAAUGCUUCCGGGGGGAUCCCUCAACAAAUUGCCAUCCAAGCCGCAGAAGAAAGUGACAACCUGAGGACGACAGCGAGUGACACCAAACCAGUCCAAGAAGAAUCGGACAACGAUGAGCGUGGUGGCGACCCGAGGUUUUCCCAAUCCAACGCUGCGGGGUUGGACACCAAACCAGAAAUUAAAGCCAUCUUUCGACUGCCGACUCCGCCACCAUCAUCAAGUUCAAGCAGUGACGAGGACGACGAGAGCAAUGACGACACUGAAGUUGAACUUUUGCCACAAUCUGGAACCAUCGAAGGUCGUUUCUCGCACGCAGCUCCUCUGGUCAAAGCAAGUACUUUUCAUGAGGAAGACAUGAACCGCGGGGAGGAAGAAGUUCAAAACCCAAUCGACAAUCUGGAUCACAAUGAUCACACUAUGAUUAACCUUGAGGAUAAAAAAUUCAGAAAAUUGAGGCUGCCUGCAAGAAAAGGUCAAUUAGGUGGAAGUUCUCCCUAUUGCGAACAAGAGAAACUUGUUUCCGGCGUCAGCAGUGAUAAAGAUCUUGCACUGAGUUCGCUGAAACCCAAACCGAGUGUUGCCAAGGAAGAUAAAGCGCUCACCCUUUCAAGUGUCGAAAAAGGAAAUCAUUUUCUUGGCUUCGAAGGUGAUGACGAUGUUGCGUUGAGCACUUUGAAAAAAUCUAGCAUUACCAAAACGAUGAGCAGAAACGAUGGGUAUCAUAUGGAUGGAACCGCGUGCGGAAAAGAUAUCACUUCCGAUAGCCCUUUGAAGAUAUUGGAAGGAAUCACGUUGAAAACCUCCCAAAACGACGUUUCUCUCUCUUCAUUACGGAAGAAGAAUGAGAGGAAGAACCCGGCUGUUGAAAACAAUGUCUCGUCGGGUAAGAAUAGAUACGUUGAAGGCGAGAGAUUUAGAAACGAUUCCGAACAAAAUAAGAAAAAAAGGAAGAAAGAUGCAGGGGAUGAUACAGAUAGUGAUGAAGAUGUACCUUUGACCUACUUUAAAAAGACAAGGGAAAGAAGUCAUGACGCGGAGAAGUCAAAAAAGGAUUCUCCAGAUAUUUUGGAUACUCCAUGUGACAGGCACGAUGGUUCAGACAAAAGCCACAAUCAGAAUUCUACUGUUGCAAAAUCAGAGAGAUGCAUUCGUCCUCGACUACUGGAGACACCCGAAGGUUCCGCUACUGACAGUUUGAAGGAAAGUUCCGUACCAACGCAAAGUCCAAGUCAACAGGAAAUUGUUAAUCACUUGAAAUCAGGCAAGAAUCGGAAGCGGCUACGCAUAGGAACCGAUGACAGCGACGAAGAAAACGGCGAGGAGGAACGUUUAGUCACGGGUUUAUCGUAUCAAACUAUGACUCCUUCUUCUUCUUCUGUGAAUAAUUCGACUUUACGCACAGUUGAAGAUACACCAAAGACGGCCUCUGAUCCCAUCUCUCGUUUCUUGAGGGAUACCCCGAACAAUGCUGAUGCGUCGGCCUUUUUGACUGAUACUCCUGCUACAAAGAACGGUGACAUCGCAACGGAGAUUGUUUGCCAAAUUUGUACAUCGGGCGAUACGACGGAUAAAGACCCGAUAGUAUUGUGUGACGGCUGCAACCUUGGAUUUCACAAGCUCUGCUACCGAGCAGAAGUAGACGUUGAGUCGGCAGAUCCUUGGUUUUGUGACGCUUGCAAGCAUCCUUCGCGAUGUCUCUCUUCAACUACAUGCACCUUUUGCUGCCAGCACAACGGUAUACUGAGAAAGGAUGGAGCGACAUUCUGCCAUCCUCUAUGCCUGGCAUUGUCGUGCAAAAUGACGUCUGCUAAUUGUUCUGUUUGCUCCCUUUUCGGUGCGGUACAGUGCAAUUUGUGUUCCGACGCUGCCCAUCCGCAUUGUGCACUAGACUCCGGUUGGACUAUCGUGCAUUGUGCAGCAACCAAAGGGCAGCCCAUGAAGCAUUCUAUGUUUUGCCCGAAGCAUAGUGGCAACGCAGACCAGCUAUCGUCGGAAAAUACUCGAAUCAUACGCAGCAAGAAGAAAACAAACAUGAAUGGUUCACAAAGGCCAAAAAAACUCAAGCGGAAAGGGAAAAAUACAUACGAGCGAGAACGAACGCAGUCCGAGAAGGUCUUUGGAACUAACAAUUUUCGGGAACAGGAAAUAGAGAUACUUGAUGAUACAGAUGACGACGAAGAAAUAAAAAAGAAAGAAAAGGAAAGCCUCAAAGAACGCCGACGUCGUGGUCUCGCUCGCUUUGUCCUAGAUGAGGCAGAGAUCGGAUCCGAUCAAGACCAUGACGACGAGAUCGAGAAUGAAGAGCUCCGCUUACUCGAAGAGGAGGAAGGGACUGGAUCCCAAGACAGUUUUAUCAACGACAAUCCGGAUCUGACGCAGCAUUUUUCCCAAGAUGUUCUUGGCGAUGUCGAUCCCGACGCCGCGUCUACUGAUUUCGUUUACGGUGCUUGUAAAAACCGCGAUGAAAAUGACAGCGGCGGCUCCAGCAACAUUCACCGUGCGUUGGAUGCUCGUCGGGAACGCGAGCACCAAUUCCGAACCCCGAACUUCAAUCGUCGCAGCAUGAGAGCACCUGAUUCUUCAUCCCCUUCUUACACCGAAAAUGGUUGUUCAAUACCUUCCUCGGAACGCGGACUCGGCCGAAUGCAUUUCAUUCGCAGCGUCUUAGAACACCACCGGCAGGGUGGGGACUGUGAUGAGAUCGAAAGCGAAUAUAAGCGCUUGGAGGCUUCUGCUGGUGCCGAUGUUGAUGCCACACUCUCUCAAAUUAGAUCGGAAUCGACGCCAGCCAAUGAUCGCAAUGCUCUGAUUGAUCUGUCGCGUUCACAAACCAACGGGACAGAUUCUCCAAUCCAACUGAUGACUGAUGGUUUGCGUCCCGCCAUCAGCAACGGCGAAGUGAACCCCAUUCGCUCUUCUGUCGAAAGAUUGAAUGCGUCUAGCACACGUGGUGCAUCGUUGUGCUUUCUCGGCAGUGCAACCGACACCAAAACCACGGAAGCUCCCCCUUCUCAGCAGUUCCAUUCUCCCGGUCGCGUCAAUGGAACAGCCACAACUUUGACAGCGGAACAACUGGCCCGGAUAGAAGCUAACCGGCAGGCGGCGUUGCGUCGGAGAGCUCAAUUCCAAGCGAAUCAGAAAGCUUGACAAUUUCGCAAACAUGAUGUAAUAUUACAGUAAAGAAUAGAAUAGAACCAAACAAUUAUGCAUCAUGCGAUACAUAAAUCGUAAUAGUACGUACCUUGUUGAAAAUACUACUGUGUCGCACCCUUUCUUCCACAACCAUCACCCUUUGGUUUGCCAGGAGAGGCGAAGAACCCUGCUUCGACGCACUGCUGAAACAUGUCGAUGAUCGUUAUUCAGAGCGGCGUGUAGUCCCCCAGUUUGAGUUCGCAGGCUGGUUUCUACGCGUCGAAUUCGUGGCAUAACGAUAUUAUUCUUUACGGACCGGGACACCAUCCUAUGGAUCAUCUCGAGUUGCGGCGCCACUAGCCAGGCGACAUUAUUUGAUGGAUUUUCCCCAAUAUUCCGAUUGCGCUCUAUCAUAAUUGUUUUUGUACCAAUAGUACGGGCAUUGUAAAUGGUAUUAUGACUGAUGUGCAGAGUAUCUUAUAAAACUACUGUAAUUCUGUAUUACGUUACUAUCCAUCACCUGAUUUCCCGUAAUUAAUUUUGCUCAUUAUCUUCUAAGAUCCGUGGAAUACGUCGCGCUCAUUUCGCUGUCAGUCAUCUAUUCACAUUUUCUAGAUAGCAUUCUUCCCCGAACCGUACGUUAGAACAAUCAACUCAUUACAACACUGGGAUUAAGUAAGUAUCAGUUUGUCCGCCGAUUGUUGUUGCUUUCUGUCGCCAUCGUCCAUGACCUAUGUUGGUGGUGGGCGGUGGUGCUAUUGACGUUGCUGGCAUUCGUUCUCGUGUCGCUGCUCGUUCCGCUGAGGUCGGACCCGGCAAUGAUUGAUGGAACACUGCAUCAUACCGCAACCCACCGCCUCCGCUUGUCGUUGGAAGAAAAAUUGAUGAUUACAAGAAAGACUAUUGGAGUGCAAUGGUAUUUGAAGACAAGUAUACGAAACAUAACAGGUAGAUGAUUUCAUUCGAUCGUCUUCUUUUGGCUAAAUAGUUUUUGGUUUUAGCUCUCAAUCCGAGAGGCGGCGCUGAAAUCAAAAUCCCCAAAGCGUUGUGAAAAAUAUAACGUGCACCACGUUAUAAUUAUUCACUUUAGGUCACAAAAUCACCUAGAUAUUUGUUCUUCUGCCGUCAACUUUUCAAAGAAGGGGUGCAUCAGUGCUGCUGCUGUAUCUGGGCGUUUGUACGGGUCAGGAAUCAUCAUGUAUUCCGCCAAUUCGUAUGCUAGGGCUGAAUCCAGGAGCCUUGACCUCGCUUCUUCGGAUUUGUUGCUCGUGUCUAAUUUUUUCAGGGACUUCCGGAGCUUUUUCAACGUAACUCCACAAUUUUUUUCCAGAAGCAUUUUCAAUAGUCGACCAAUCGUGUAAACGUCGAAGGCAUAGACGGAGGUAUGCACAGACGAGGUAUUAUGUUCGGCCUCGGGUGGAAAAAGUUGGUCUGGUGCGCGAUCGUAAUGGAUGGGCACCCUGUUUGGCUCAUAUUUAAAGGCGGCGUUCCAGUCAAAGAAAGAGACUUUGUUGCCGUCCCAAAAGUAGUUGUUACCGUGAAGAUCGCAAUGCAUAAUGUUGCGAGAGUGGACGAAUUGCAUCGUUUCCAACAUGGACUUCAUCAAUCUCCGAACAUCGUCGAGACCCUUCGGAUCUACCCGAUUCUCCAACAGGUCAAUUACGAGCACACUGAUUCGUCGCUUCUUGGUCAAGCGCCUGGCACUGUUGGAAGGAAUUUUCAGGUCCUUUUUCAAGUAGGUUUGAUUUCCUGCAAAAAAGGGAUUAGGCAUGGAUCGAACUGCAUAAUAUAAUUUGGGAAUAUUCGAAAUGCUGGGAGGUGCAUUGAGCUCGCGGAAAAAAUCUAUCUCUAUAUCGGAAAAGUACAAUUCAUCGUCUGCGGCAAUUUUGGCAACUACCGUCUGGUUUUUGUACCGGGCCUCAAAAGCGUAGCUGACGUCCCCCUCUCCAAUCAUCUUAAUCAGUUCGAGAU